AUGACAUCAUCAUCAUCAUCAAAAUAUUCAUUUCAAAAACCUAAAGUAGAGUUAACUUUUGUUAUCGUAGGAGCAGGAUUGGGCGGUGUAUCAGCAGCUAUUGCCUUGACACUUGCAGGUCACAAGGUGAAGUUGUUGGAAGCAGCGCCAGAAUUGGGUGAAGUUGGUGCAGGUAUACAAAUUCCACCACCAUCUACCAAGAUUUUGGAUGUUUUGGGAUGCCUAGAUGCUGUUGAUGCCGUUUCAAUCCAUCCGGAAAAUAUUUACAUUCAUAGGUAUAGCACUGGAGAAGUCAUUUCCAAACAAAAUUUGGUACCCUAUGUCAAAGAGAAGUACAACGGAAUGUAUUUGCAUAUCCACCGUGCCGACUAUCACCAAUGUUUAGUUGAGAGAGCUAAAGAAUUGGAUGUUGAAAUUUUUUUGAAUUCAAGAGUUGACACAGUUGACUUUGAAAACGGUUCAGUUACCACUAGUCAAGGUGUUACUCACUUUGGAGAUGUCAUUGUUGGAUACGAUGGAGUCAAAUCUCGAACUAGAGAACAGUUAACUGGUAAAAGCGAUGGAGCUUAUAAUACUGGUGACUUGGCAUAUCGUGCAUUGAUUGAUGUUGAAGAUAUGAAAAAAGUACCUGGCUUGGAAAAAUAUUGGGAAAAGCCAAGUAUUCAUUUUUGGUGGGGUCCAACUUUACACAUUGUUUUGUAUUUCUUACAAGGUGGUAAAACGUGCAACAUUGUUGGCUUGUGUCCAGAUACUUUGCCUAAUAACGUCUUGAGACAGGAAGCCAACCAUGAUGAAUUAUUGCAAGUUUGUAAAGAUUGGGACCAAGAUUUACACAAGAUUUUCAACUUGAUUGAUGAUGUUGGAAAAUGGAGAUUGCAGGAUUCAAGAGAGUUGAAAACUUGGGUGCAUAAUCUGGGUAACGCUAUUAUCUUGGGUGAUGCUUCUCAUUCAACGUUGCCUUACUUGGCUUCAGGUGCUUCACAAGCUGUGGAAGAUGGUGCUGUUUUAGCAGGCUUGUUCUCUAAAAUUGAGUCACGUGAUCAAAUUCACGAAAUCUUGAAGAUGACGGAACUGUUGAGGAAAUGGAGGAGCUCUCAAGUGGUUCAAGGAUCAGCAAACUGUAGAAAUAUUUACCAUUUGCAUGAUGGCGAAGAACAACAGAUUAGAGACUCGAAAUUAUACGACAAGACUCCCAAAUUAGGGUGCCCCAAUAGAUUUGCUGAUCCUGUAUUUCAAGAUUUCCUUUGGGGCUAUAAUGCAUUUGAAGAGGUUGAAAGAGCAUGGACUGAGUACAAAAAUGGCAAGAUGCCUACUUACACUUAUCCAAACUUGUAUGAAGAGUAA